AUGGUUCUCGCCGCCGUGGGUCAGCUAUGCGCAACAGCAAGCAUAACUUCCAAUUUAGCGCAGUGUCAGACGUUAGUUCGCAAAGCUGCUGCUGCAGGCGCCAAGGUGCUGUUUCUUCCCGAGGCCGCAGACUAUAUUGCCUCAUCAGCAGAGGAAUCUCUCUCGCUGGCCCAGUCACCGGAACAAGGAGACUUUGUUUCCGAGCUUCAAAAGUCAGCUAGGCUAUCAGGACUGCACAUCAAUGUUGGAAUCCAUGGCAUUGCCUCUGAGAGCAGGCUCAAGAACUCCCUCGUCUGGAUUGAUGAUGAAGGCGCCAUCACCCAAAACUAUCAAAAGGUCCACUUGUUUGAUGUCGACAUCAAAGGAGGUCCAGUCUUGAAAGAGAGCACGAAUGUUCAGCCUGGACAAAGUAUUCUCCCUCCCUUUGAAACUCCGAUUGGGCGUGUUGGGUUGGCAAUUUGCUUUGAUCUACGGUUCCCGGAAAUCAGCCUUGCAUUGAGACGCCAAAAUGCCCAGAUUAUCACUUACCCAUCAGCAUUUACGGUCCCCACUGGCAAGGCUCAUUGGGAGUCUUUACUUCGAGCACGCGCCAUAGAGACUCAAUCCUAUGUAAUUGCAUCUGCCCAGGCAGGCCCUCAUAAUGAGAAGAGACGAAGCUAUGGCCAUUCCAUGAUCAUCAACCCAUGGGGUGAAGUGGUGGCACAGCUCGGCGACGAAUAUCAAGAACCAGAGAUCGUGACAGCAGAAAUCGAUCUCGAUCUGGUGGCAAAGAUCAGGCGUGAGAUGCCUCUACUGAGACGGACUGAUCUCUACCCGGAGGUCUAA